AUGUGCAGGCUUCUGUACUUGCUGCUUGGCUCGGCCGUAUGGGCGGCGUCGGGCUCCCACGCGGCACUGAUCGCCCGUCAAGGUGGCCAAGCACCGACCGUCAAGGUCAAGAACGGCAGCUAUUAUGGCGUCUACCAACCGACAUAUGAUCAAGAUCUGUUCCUGGGCAUGCCGUUCGCCCAGCCGCCCCUGGGGAACCUCCGCUUCAACCUGCCCCAGUCUCUCAACACGACGUGGACAACCGCCAGAAACGCCACGCAGUAUGGCUACGAGUGCUACGGUUACGGCAGCGACCAAUGGGUUCUGGGUAACGUGGUGAGCGAGGAUUGUUUGACGCUGAAUGUCGUCCGCCCGAGCGGCGUCGCGCCGGACGCGAAGCUACCGGUCGGCGUAUGGAUUCAUGGCGGUGGCUUCACCGAAGGCGGCAGCCGAGACCCUCGAUACAACUUGAGCUUCAUUGUGCAGCAGUCGGUCGAGAUGAACCAGCCCAUCAUCGGGGUGAGCUUGAACUACCGUCUCCAGGCAUUCGGGUUCAUAUACGGCACCGAAGUGAUGAAGGCUGGAGUCACCAAUUUGGGGUUCCGCGACCAACGUCUGGCGUUGCAUUGGAUCCAAGAGAACAUUGCGCCUUUUGGCGGAGAUCCGACCAAGGUCACCAUUUGGGGCGAGAGUGCGGGCGGCAACUCUAUAGGCACACAACUCAUUGCAUAUGGUGGUCGAGACGACAAGCUCUUCCGAGGGGGCAUCAUGGAAAGUGGAGGACCGCUUCCGUUUGAUCCACUGACCAAUGCGUCCUCUUGGGACAAGUACUACAACAGCAUCACCAAGGCGGCGAACUGCAGCUCCGCACAAGACACGCUUGGGUGUUUGCGCAAGGUCCCGAUCAAGGAGCUCAACAGCGUGCUGAACAGCAGUGCUACGGCAACCGUCCCUGGCUGGGGCGCUCAGAUCGACGACGACUUCAUCACCGGCUCUGCCGCGAAACAACUCGUGGCGGGCAAGUUUGUCCGAGUGCCCAUACUGCACGGCACGAAUUUCGACGAAGGCACCGCGUUCGGCGCAAAGGGGGUCAACACGACGGCGCAGUUCCUGGCCGCCGUACAACGCACCGGUCCCAACGCCACCGUCGCCGAGGCUUUUGCGCUGUUGUACCCGGACAUCCCGGCCAUUGGGAUCCCCGCGACCCUGCAGGGCCGUCCGUCGGGGAACUACUCGUUCCUGGGCGCGCAGUACAAGCGCGCCAGCGCCUACGGGGGGGACAUCCUCAUGCAGGCGCCCCGGCGCGCGACCUCGCAGGCCUGGGCGGCCCGCAACGUCAGCAGCUGGAGCUACCACUUCAACGUGGUCCCGAACGGCGUGCCGCCCCAGACCGGCGCCACCCACUUCCAGGAAGUGGCCUUUGUGUUCCGCAAUCUCCUCGGCGAGGGGUACAACAACUCGGUGGCGGUUGACCCGUUCGCGGGGAAGCCGCCGUCGUACGACGCCCUGGCCACGGCGAUGAGUCGGAUGUGGGCGAAUUUCAUCGCGUCGGGGGAUCCAAACGGUCCGGCAUCCUCGUCAUCCAUCCACUGGCCGGCCUACACGCUGGCUCAACCGAAAAACAUCGUGUUUGACACCAACGCCACGGACCUGAUGUACGUCGAGGACGACCUCUACCGCGCCGAGGGGAUUCAGUACAUGAUUGAUUUGUUUCCGACGGCUUAUGGCCGAUGA